ACCUUAACCGCCAAGUCAUUCCCCCAACCUCUUUUCCCAACCGGAAAUAUAAAUAAAUAAAUAAAACACCACCAAACACUAUAUAUGUAUUUAAUCCGAAAAUUCAAUCCUGAUUUCCUCAUUUCACACUUCCCCGAUUACCUUAUAGAUCAUCGACGUCCCCAUUAUCAGCGUCUCCGAUCUUAAUCUUCCGGAAAUUAUGGUGCAGCGUCAAACUAUUAUUAGUGUUCCUGUUAUAUGGAGGGGAAAGAAGUUUGUGAUAGAAAUAAAUUCAGAGGCCUCUCUCAAGGAGUUGGGAGAGGAACUGCAGACCUUGACUAAUGUUAAAGCUGAUACAAUUAGGUUGAUUAUUCCUCAACCUUCCAUAAAAAGCUCGAGACUGUUGAUGCCUUUCUCUGACGAGCAUACCAGUCUAAGGCUACAAGAUGCAGGAAUUGUAGAGGGGAAGCCUAUGAGAAUGAUGGGAGUCUCCAAGAAUGAGAUUGAUCAUGUUCUUAAAGAUGCUAAAGCAAACCUGAGAAUUGCUGGAUUUGAGGAAGAGGAAAAGAGGAUGAAGCAGAGGAUUUCCAGGGGAUCCCAUUCAUCAUUGAAACUCCCACAAGGACCUUAUAUCUUCUGUGGUUUUCGUACACUUGAACUACCUGGAAUCGAGUUAAAUCCUCCUCCCGCAGAGGCUUUGAAGAGAAUGCAUAAGCUUGCAGCUGACCCAGGAAUUGUUGCAAUUAUGAACAAGUACCGUUGGCGAGUGGGGAUUAUGACAGAGAUGGCGCCUGUUGGUUAUGUUGGUAUUAGUCCCAAAUGCAUUCUUGGUCUAAACAAGAACCAAGGAGAAGAAAUAUCUCUUCGUUUACGCACUGAUGACCUAAAGGGUUUCAGAAAAUAUGAAAGCAUCAAAAAAACUUUGUUGCACGAACUUGCUCACAUGGUCUACACUGAACAUGAUGCUAACUUCUAUGCUCUCGACAAACAGCUGAAUCAAGAAGCUUUUGCUUUAGACUGGACAAAAUCAACUAGUCAUACCUUAGCUGAUUCCCGAUACUCCGGACAUGAUGAUAUGGACAUGGACUUUGAUUUGGAUAGCAAUCUGCCUUACAAACUUGGAGGAGAAACUUCUCUUAUGUCUGCCGGUGCUCGUGCAGCUUCUCUGGCUGCUGCUUAUCGUCGUUUAAAAAAUUCUGCUGCUAUUUCUGAAGAAUCUUCUGCAAAUGAAAUGCAUAAUUCUGACAGUUAUACAGGUUAUGAUCAUGGGAUCUCAAACCUAGUUACGGAAGAGCUGUCUCUUUUGAAUCAGCAUGAAGAUUAUUCUCAUCAAGAUGAGCUGGAGCCUGAUCCUGAUGAAUUUGAGGCGAGAGGAACUGUAAAUUUAGAGCCUGGUUAUAAAAUGUUGGAAGGUGUAUCUGUGGUGAAGCCCAACCCUGAUGAUACUAAGAUGGGAGCAGUUGUCUCCCAGUUUACUGCAGGGAGAAGCUUUGAUAGUGCAAAUUUGCAUGAUGAGCCUGAUCCUGAUGAUUCUGAAGUCUCUGAAAUUAGAGUGUCUGCUUCUACAGUUGUCCCUUUGUCAAUGCAGAUUGAUAUCAAUGAGAAUAAGGAAAUCAGGACAAUGGAUGAACCCUGCCCAGAUGAUUCUGAAGAAGAAUGUGAUUUAGGGAAUGCUAUAACACCCAAGUCAAUGAAUGACAGCGGAAGAGAUCAAUCACAACUAAGCAAGGUUCGUAUGGAACCAGAUCCAGAUGAUUGUCUAGAAAACAUGACAGGGAAAACAUGGCCUGAUCCUGAUGAUGAAGUUGAACGUCUGCCGCAAAUUUCAGAAGUCAUGGCUGAAGAGCCAGAUCCAGAUGAUGAACUAAGGAGGAUCCAAGACCCUGCAGCCUUAUUUUUUAAUCGACUUAACAAAGCCAUUGAAUUACUGCGUACUGAACUCAACCCCUUGGAGGCCAUGGAAGUUCUACAGACUCUUUUUAAGAUAAUCAGAAAUGUAUCUGAAAAUCCUAAUGAAAUGAGGUAUAAAAAACUUCGCAAGGCCAACCCUGUUUUCCAAAGGAGCAUCGCAUAUCACGAAGCUGCCAUGGAAGUUCUCAAAGUGGUUGGUUUCAACGAAGAAGUUGUUACUGAUGAAUUGGGAAAGACUGAAAGUUACCUGGUGUUGAAACGGAAUGAUCCAGGUUUGCUGUGGUUAGCAAAAUCCUCACUUGAGGCUAGCAUCAAUGAGGGUAAUUGUUGAUCAAUGUGCCUAAGUGUGUGUAUACAUCAAAGUUUGUCCCAAAUUCCAAACAAAGAGACUUGUAAGACAUCGACGCAAAUGUAUGUGCAAAUACCCCGUUUGUAUGUUAUUGUACAUUUGAUUUUUAUUUACAAAAUAAGAAUUUUUUUUAGUCUGUAAUUAGUGCAUUAUUAAUUUCAUCUACAGAGGAUAUCAGUUCAGAGUUUCUUCUGAGUUUGUUGUAAUUGAUUCAGCAUCAUAUCAUUUUUAAGAUGCCUUAUCUGUUAAUAUAAGAUACGGAUUGUUAA